AUGCCACAACUGAAAAGGAGCUUCUUGCAGUGGUUUAUGCUUUUGAGAAGUUCAGACCACUUGUCGAGGCUGAGGAUAGAUGAUGACAUUCCACUAAAUGACAGCCUUCCUGAUGAACAAGUUUACGCCAUAGAUGUUUCUGGGUUCGACGAGCACCUGCUCCCCACCGGAGCACCUGCUCUGACGAGUUUUUGCAACCAAGUUGACAUAGAUCGGCAUUCUGGUUUCCCAUGGUUUGGAGAGAUUGCAAAUUACCUUGCUGCAGAGCAGGAACCUGCAGGUUUUGUGGGAAACAAAAAGAAGAAGUUUCUGAAGGAUGUGAGGCAUUACUUUUGGGAUGAGCCUUAUUUAUACAGGCAUUGCUCUGAUGGAAUUUUCAGAAGAUGUGUAGCUGACGAGGAGAUACCAGGAGUGUUGUUUCAUUGCCAUGGAUCCUCUUAUGCAGGUCACUUCGCCACUUUCAAGACUGUGUCGAAAAUUCUCCAAGCUGGGUAUUGGUGGCCAACGAUGUUCCGAGAUGCAGCGAGUUUUAUCUCCAGGUGUGACACAUACUUCAUGGGACCUUUUCCAUCAUCUUGUGGGAAUGAGUAUAUUCUGGUGGCAGUUGACUAUGUGUCAAAGUGGGUGGAAGCUCUGGCUAGUCCCACAAAUGACGCAAAGGUGGUUUUAAAGAUGUUCAAAUCUGUCAUUUUUCCCAGGUUUGGUGUGCCGCGAGUGGUGAUUAGCGAUGGAGGCUCUCACUUCAUCAACACAGUCUUUGAAAACUUGUUGAAGAAGAAUGGUGUAAGGGAUAAGGUGGCGACCCCAUACCAUCUUCAGACGAGUGGGCAAGUUGAGGUUUCCAACAGGGAAAUCAAGAACAUUCUGCAGAAGACUGUGAGCACCACAAGGAAGGAUUGUGCAGUGAAGCUUGAUGAUGCUCUUUGGGCAUACAGAACAGCUUACAAAACACCUUUGGGGACUACACCAUUCCACUUGGUGUAUGGAAAAGCAUGUCAUCUUCCAGUGGAACUUGAGUACAAAGCUGCUUGGGCAGUGAAGCUGCUGAAUUUCGAUGCAAAGAGUGCUCAGGAGAGGAGAGUAAUGCAGUUACAUGAGCUGGAGGAAAUUAGGCACCUGGCCUAUGAAAACUCGAAGAUUUACAAAGAGAGGACAAAAGCUUUUCAUGACAAGAGGAUCCUCAACAGAAGCUUUGCACCAAACGAUCAGGUAUUGCUGUUUAACUCUAGAUUGAAAUUGUUUCCAGGGAAGCUGAGAUCGAGAUGGUCUGGACCAUUCACCAUCAAGGAGGUUCGACCAUAUGGAGCUGUAGUGUUGCUGGACACUAAAGGAGGCGAGUUUGUUGUCAAUGGACAGAGGUUGAAACCAUACCUUGCUGGUCCAAAUAUCGCAGAGGGUGAAUCAGUCACCUUAAGCGAUCCUCCUCAAGCCUAA